CAGGCGCUCUCAUUGAAGAAGGACGCUUCGUGCGAAUGAGAAAAUAAAAGAUGAACGAACUCGAAAAACUCCUGAGUUAGUUAUGAUAUUCCUGAUAUAACUACUCCAAUGUAUAGGCAAAGCUACUAAUCCUGUUUCUGAUCAAUAUAAUUCUGAUACAGUGAAUGAAAUCGCUAAGUUAAUAGAUACUCAACCUAAUGGUCCAGUUUUUACUCUACGUCUACUUGCUCAUAAGAUUAAGUCUCCACAUGAAAGAGAAGCUCUAAGUUCAUUGGCUUUGUUGGAAUCUCUGUCUAAACGGUGUAGUCCAACGUUUAUUUCCGAACUUGGGAAAUUCAAGUUUUUAAAUGAAUUGAUCAAAGUCCUUUCACCAAAGUAUCUGGGUGAUCAAACGGCUACAUCUGUAAAAAAUAAAUGUGCUCAGCUAUUGCAUAACUGGCAACGUGAUUAUUCAACCAGUGAACCGAAAUUUGCUGAGGCUUAUAAUAUGCUUGUUAGAGAAGGUAUUAUCACUGCAGAACAAAUCACCACAAAUGGACCUAAUUCAAAGGUUGGUCAUACUGCAUCGUCAACUGCUGAAGAAAGGCAGAAUAUAUUUGAACGUAAUAAAAAAUCUGAGCGUUUAACUCAACUCCUUCGAAGUCGUAAUCCAGCUGAUCUACGUGAAGCGAAUGCACUUAUCAAGAGUAUAGUUGAAGAAGAUCAAGUACGUAUGGAGAAAGUGAGUCAAAGGACUAGUGAAAUGGAAGCCUUAAGAAAUAAUACAAUAUUAUUAGAAGAAAUGAUUAGUACAUAUAUGCUUGGUGAAAGUACAGAGGCUGAAUUAGAAUUAAUGAGCGAACUGGUCGAAAAUAUCCGUAAAGCACGUCCAUUAUUAUACAGUUUCUCUUUAACCCAUGAAGAACAAGAUAUGGAGACAUUAACUGAAAUUGGUCGAAUAUGUGAUCGAGCCAGUGAAGUGAUAUCAAAUUAUGAACAGAAGGUAACAGGAGGCAAACGAGAUCACGUCAAAUCAACACCGCCAUCAUCCUCAGCAUCGUCAGCGUCAUCUACCCCGGUCAAGAAUAGUUCACAGUCGUCAUCACCAUCGAAGAAUGAAAUCAAUGAUGCCGCAUCGUCAUCAUCAUCAUCAACAACAAGCGGCGGCAGCAGUCGAAUUCCUGAUCUCCUUACUCAAGAUUUAAUGAAUUUAGGUUUAGACGAUCCAAUUAAACCUUCUUCUUUGACAGUAUCCUCAGCGGAUGUCUUAAUGCUAUUGUCGACUAGUAGUAGUAGUAGUAAUAAUAAUAUAUCAUUGAGUCCAACUGUUGUCAGUGGUACAAAUGGAUCUUCAACUGGCGGUGGAGUUGGUGUUGGUGGUGCUAAUCAACUCAUUCCAUCAUCGACGAAUCAAAUUUCAUUGAUUACUACUAAUAAUAAUCAUAAUCAUAAUCGUGGGCAUAAAUCGAAUUAUGAAGAUCUUGAGGAUAUCUUUUCUACACUGUCUAGUAAUAACAACAUCUCAACAAAUGUGACAUCCGUCUCAUCAACACUUUACCCAACUAUCUUCAAUUCUGUACAAACCAAACCUUCAAAGUUAGAAGCCUCCUCCUCCUCCUCUUCCUCCUCCUGCACAGGACGUGGACAAACGGCAAAUUCUAAUUCUAAAGUUUUCAGUGAAUUAGAUAAUCUUAGCCGUCAAAUGCUUCAAUUAUCAAAAACCAAUGCUUUGGCAGACACCAAUCUCUCUAGACUUCUUGGCAAUGAGUCGGCUGCAUCCUGUACCACAACAACAGCAACAAUACUGCCGACAAAGUCGCUAACACCUACUAAUCAUCAUGUUGUUAUCGAUAGUGUUUGCCAUAACAGCGAUGACAUCAUGACACCACCGCACAAUCCUAUUAACAACAAGAAGAAUAAUGAUAAUAGUAGUAGCCGAAAUCUAGUCAAUGAAGCCAAAACUAAUCCUGUUCAUCAUCUUCCUAAGCCUGAUAAUAAUGACGAUGUCUCCUUAAAUCAAGGUCAUAAAAACAGUGGUAGUAUUGAUUUAAAAUCAAUCAAUAUUCAGCUAUCGUCAAUUCUACCGCAUCCAGUGUACAGUACACCAGUAAUUCUUUAUCCUGUUCAUUGUCAUCGUGAUGCUGAUGAUAAUGAUGAUGACGGCAAUGUUGGCGACGCUGAUAACUUCCACAUAGACAAGAAUAAUAGUAUACAAUUAGCACUGCAUUAUGCACAGAAUCGACCACAUCCUGAGGUGAUGGUAUUUGUCGCUGUUAUCUCUAGUCAAAAUUCUCUACCAAUUACUGAAAUCAAUGUAAGAUUUGCUGUGGAAAAACCUUGUAGAAUUCGACAACUAUCAGCCUCUGGUCAAAAUUUGCCAGCUUAUUCACCUUUUCUACCGAGUGCUUCAAUAAGUCAAAUAGUAUUAAUUCAUAAUCCAUCAAAUUUGGAGAAAUUCGUCCUUAAGUUUCAAUUUUCUUUUGUGUUAGACGGUGAAGCUAUCCUAGAGUCUGGAAAUUCAAUCUACCUUCUGCAUAAUCACACAGUCCCCCCGCACCUAUCCUUCCAUUUUCUGUGUGUGUGUGUAUGCGUGCGCGCGCGUGCUUGUGUUAGUGUACUUGAUUGCUGAUUGGGCAGUUUUUUCACAAGUCUCUUUCUAUGGUAACAUACAGUAUUAUACAUAAUAGAAACAUUACAUGCGAACGGAUUCGUCAACAACUACUACAUAUUGUGAUUGAUUUCGCUAUCUUUCGUGACUUAUUUCUUUUGACCAUACAUUUUUGAGUUGACACCUAACUUGACUUCUGUUUUUGCUCUUCGAUUUGUUUUGGUCCUCGUUUUUCCGUUAAUAUUGCGGAAAAAUGGUUUUAUGACGUGUACUUGUGUAUGACAAAAUGAAAUAAAGAGUAAUAUAUAUUGUGAUAAGCGUGGUUUUUCAAAACAUUUUAUUGUUCUUUGCUUUGUUUUUGUGUUGUUUUUUAAAUAUUUUUCAUAUGUUUCAUAUUUUGGAUCUCUCUGAUCUCAGUUUUUGUUUUCCAUUUUUUCCCAUUUCUCUUAUCCGCCUUCCCCCCAUUUUCAUGCCUGGAAAUGUAUACAGAAGUGCGUUUUCAUUUAUACACCUCCCCCCUCUCUCUCUCUCCCGUCCCCCAACACACGCAAUGUGAUUGCAAUAUAUAACAUUGAGUGACUUAUUUGAUGUUUUUUUUCAUUUGUACUACUUCUUUAUAAAUGAGUAGUAUAAUGUUAAUUAGGUAAAUUUUAUUCUUGAGGUAAUGAUAAAAAUGAUG